AUCAGUUUGAUGUAAACAUUAGCACAAUAACAAUCAUUACUUAAUGUUUUUAAAAUAACUGUAACCUCCAAAAUGGUCGUUGUGUUGAUAAUUUUAGCCACAAUUGCCUUCGUUUUGGCCCUGUGCUUGAAACCUUUGGGUCACUACAUCGCCAUAAUCAAGUCUAUACAACAAUUGCCCGGCCCUCCGUGCGAAAAUUUUUUUCAUGGUAACAUAACUCACCUAUAUGGACCUCCAGAAAAGAUGUUUAAAACUGUGCGUAAAUGGGGCUUGGAGUACUAUCCAAUUUAUCAGAAUUGGAUUGCUCAUAUCAGUGUUGCAAACGUGGUAAAUCCAUACGAUUUUGAGACAAUUUUAUCAAAUAUGAAACAUAUUAGCAAAAGUAAAAGUUAUGACAUGUUGCACAGUUGGUUGGGUACCGGUUUACUGACCAGUGAUGGUACCAAAUGGCAAACAAGGCGAAAAAUCUUAACACCUGCUUUCCAUUUUAACAUUUUGCAAGAAUUUAUAAAAAUAUUUAAUGAAGAAACUGAAGUCCUGGUACAACAAUUAAAGAAAUACUCCAAUUGCAGCAUUGAUGUGACUGAAUACAUCUCAGCCUUCACUUUAAGUACCAUUGGAGAAACCGCAAUGGGUACUAAUUUUGGUACCGAAACUUCCGUUGGACGCGAAUACAAAAAAUCAAUCCAAGAAAUUGGCGAAAUUUUGAAAUAUAAGUUACUCCGGCCUUGGCUUUUAAACAAGUUAGUCUACAUGUGCGAUUCUAAUUACUGGAAGGAAAAAAACCUUGUUAAAGUUUUGCACAAUUUCACAAAUAACGUAAUUGCAAGUCGGCAAAAAAAUUUCAAACCGGUUGAGCAAAAAUCAGAUGAGUUUUCCUAUUCCAAAAGGAAGCGUUUAGCAAUGCUUGAUUUGUUACUAACUGCCAAAAAUGAGGAAAAUCUGAUUGAUGAUGUCGGUAUUAGAGAAGAAGUCGAUACUUUUAUGUUUGAAGGCCACGAUACGACCGCUGUUGCUAUUUGUUUUGCGUUAAUGUGUUUCGCCUGUCACCCCAAAAUUCAGGAGCGUAUUUUUGAAGAAAUCGAAGAAACGUUUUUGAAUGACACCAAACUGGAUUAUAAAUCGCUCCAAGAGUUAAAGUACAUGGAAAGAUGCAUCAAAGAAGUUCUCAGGUUGUACCCGAGUGUACCAUUUAUCGCACGAUAUCUGGGUGAGGAUAUUGUGACUUACAGUGGUCAUAAAUUGAAAGCUGGUUCAAUGGUUCAUUUGCACAUCUAUGAUUUGCAUCAUAAUCCUCAGGUUUAUCCUGAUCCCGAAAAAUUUGAUCCUGAUCGGUUCCUUCCUGAGAACUGUCUCAAUAGACAUAAUUUUGCUUAUGUUCCGUUCAGUGCAGGACCGAGGAAUUGUAUAGGACAGAAGUUUGCAAUUCUUGAAAUGAAAGCUGUUCUUGUUGGAAUUUUGAAGGAGUUUAUUUUGGAACCUGUAGAUACACCUGAGACUCUAGUUAUGAAAACUGAUCUAGUUUUGCGAUCAUUGAAUGGAGUUAAAGUAAAAUUUGUUCCAAGAAAAUGGAGCACGGUUUCAGUGCUUAUGCUCCCUCCAGAAAAAAAAUUAACUGUUAAUGUCAGAAUGUUGCUAUCAUCGACAACACUUCUUGUGAUCAGUCUCUUCCUAAUUUUCUAUUUUAUAAAAAAAUUGAAAUGCGUAGUAAUAGAAUUAGUCGACCUGGGAAAACUCGACGGUCCUUCAAACUUCAAUAUAAUCAUUGGAAACGUGUUGCAUCUUCAUACAACUCCAGAAGGAAUUUUUAAAAAAUUACGACAAUUUGCACGUGACUACUACCCAGUAUACCAACUUAGAGCAUUACAUUUCCCAGCUGCAUGUAUUUUGGCGCCGGAAGACUUUGAAGCCAUUUUAUCCAAUCCGAUUCAUAUCGAAAAAAGCUUGGUUUAUUACCUUCUACACAACUGGUUGGGAACAGGUCUCCUGACAAGUGGUGGACAAAAAUGGGCAACAAGACGAAAAAUCCUAACACCAGCUUUCCACUUCAGUAUCCUCCAACAAUUCAUCGCAAUCUUUAAUGAAGAAACUGACAAACUCGUAGACACUCUUAAGCAAUUAUCUGACCAACCGAUCGAGAUCACGUCUCAUAUCACUCAAUUUACUUUAAAAACAAUUGGAGAAACUGCAAUGGGGACGAAAUUUGAAUUCAUAACCCAAAAACAACUCGAAUACAAACAAGCAAUCUUGGAAAUUGGCGAAGUGCUCCUCUAUCGUCUCCUCAACUCGUGGCUUGUUUACGACUUCCUCAAUUUCUUCAGUCCUCGACGUUGGAAGGAGAAACGUCUAGUCAAAACCCUCCACACUUUCACUCAAAAUGUGAUUACUGAACGUGAAAAAACUUUCGAAAAAAUUGAACUACCAACUGAAGAACAUGAUGUCUACAUUGGCAAAAAACGACUCGCGAUGCUAGACCUCCUCCUCACUGCCAAAAACGAAGAAAGGACUAUUGACGAAAAUGGGAUUCGUGAAGAAGUGGACACUUUUAUGUUCGAGGGCCACGACACAACUUCAGUCGCCCUAAGCUUCGCCCUUAUGCUUCUCGCAAAUCACAGAAACGUCCAAGACCAAAUUGUGGACGAAAUGGUGACAAUAUUGGGUGACUUGCGCCGAAAACCGACUUACAGUGACUUGCAAGAAAUGAAAUAUCUGGAAAGAGCGAUAAAAGAGAGUUUGAGGUUGUACCCAAGUGUGCAUUUUAUUUCAAGAAAGUUGGGAGAGGACUUUGUGACUUCUAAUGGUUUAAAGUUACCUAAAGAUACCAUCACGCAUCUGCACAUCUACGAUUUGCACCACAAUCCUGACUUGUACCCUGAUCCUGAAAAGUUUGAUCCCGACCGUUUUCGUCCUGAAAACACUCAAAAGAGACAUCCUUUCGCCUAUUUGCCAUUCAGUGCUGGCCCAAGGAACUGUAUAGGCCAGAAAUUUGCCAUGUUGGAGUUAAAAGCUGCAAUUUGUGGAGUUUUGUCUCAUUUUAUCCUUGAACCGGUUGAUACUCCCGAAAGUAUAAUCUUAGUUGUUGAUCUUGUACUUCGCACUAAAAACGGCAUAAAAAUCAAAUUUGUUCCACGAGUUAAAUAAAUAUUUUGAAAAGGAA